AUGGAAAUCCUAGUCCGUAAACCUUUCUUUCUCAAUUUCAAGAAAGUACCUACUGCAUUAAAGAUUCUAUGUGAUGAUAUUUCUGGUUCUCUCGUUCUCACCGAGUCUCUCAACAAACUGAUAAGUUUGGUACGAACCAAAGUGGAUGAAGCUCUCCUAAAUUCUAUGAUGCAAUUUUAUGAUCCUCUCCUCCACUGUUUUACUUAUAGAGAUUUCCAACUGAUACCAACAUUGGAAGAGUUUUCUCACCUACUGGACAUUCCCAUACCUGAUCAGAUACCUUAUACAGGUGAAGAAGGAGGUCCUAAAUUAGAAGACAUUGUUGCCGCGUUACACUUACCAAGGGCAGAAAUUAAUAAGGUUUGGGUUAAUAGAAGAGACUAUUCUGGGAUACCUGUUGACUUCUUAUACGAGAAGGCCGAGAUUUUUUAUAAAGCUUUAAGCAUGGAUGCUUUGGAGAGUGUUCUAACUCUGCUGUUAUAUGGACAAGUUUUGUUUCACCGUUGUGACAAAGUUGUCAAUAGGGCUGCUAUUAAGAUCUUCCUUAGCAAGAAUCCUGUCCCCACUCUACUUGGUGAUUUGUUGCAUUCUAUCCACGCUCGAGUAUCGAAAAGACAAGGUUGUGUUCUCGGAUGUAUUCCUCUUCUGCAUAAGUGGUUUAUUUCGCACUUACCCCGAUUAGUGAUAAGAAAUGAAGAAGGAUUGACUUGGAUUCAGAGAAUUAUGAAGCUUUCUUAUGGUGACACCGUUUGGCAUCAAAAAGAGUUUGAGGGGACCCAUGCGGAAAAUUUCGACUACGACUCCGAUACAACUAGAAAGAAGGGUCGUUUCAUUAAAGCUUGGUACGAGGUAAAAAAGGUGGGUAUAAGAGAUUUGGGAUUAAGAAACUAUAUUCCUUCAGACCUCUAUUUUAGAUGGAUUUAUGACCGAGUUGUUGAGUUUGGAAUACCAUAUGCCUUUGACACACCUAUAGUUCCAAGGGUUACUCCUCCAGUCAUUCCUGUGGAAGUGGAGCCUUAUGUACCCGCUCCGGACGAAGACCUUGCUACCACCGUUGCUUGCUUAAGGCAAGAAAAAGCUGAUCUUGAAAAGCGCUUACGUGAGGUUGAGGCUGAAAAAGCAGUGUUAGUUGGUGAUGCUAAAGAGCGAGACGGUAUGCUUGACUAUUUCUCCCGCAAAUGGAAGAUCGAAGAUUUUAUCUCUCCAGAUCAAAUACAUUCAUGGGAACAAGAGAUUGAAUAA